AUGGCAUUACCAUAUUUUCCAGGAAAUUCAUCCGCUAACAUCCGCCAAGUUGAGCAGGCUCAAUCCAAGGCUUUCAUUAGAGAGGACAACUAUUUGAAUUCUCUACUUAAUUGCGACCAAAUACCAAAAUUCGAUUUGCGUCCAUGGUAUGCAAAUGCCGAAGAUGAAGAACCUAUUGAACAUGUCGAAGUGGAACCUGAAGUAAAAGAAGCUAUUAAGGAACUGAACCCCGAUCUCAUUGAAGCGGCAAUAGAACGUGCCAGAACUGAACUAGAAGAUCGUAAACGGUUUGAAUACGAGUCAUGGCGUGCAAAUGGUGGCAUCAGUGCAAAGUCUCCAGAUGGUGUUGCUGCUUCUUUCAGUAAAGCUAGUCGCAACGCGUUGUUGCUUGCAAACUCCUCCUUAAUGUUCGAAUUAACUUCAAAUGAGAUCUUAAACUCACUCACAUCAAUUUCUCGUCGUAAACGUCAAGCAUUUGACGGAAGCUUGAAUGCAUUCAAUCGUAACGAGUUAACUGAGACUUUACAAACAAUUGACAUAACUACCUUACUUGCUGGUACUAGCAAUGGAAAGACACCACAUAAUGAGUGUGAUGACCCACCAACCGCUUGUGAUACAACAACACCAUUCCGUACUUUCACUGGUUACUGCAACAACUUACGUAACCCCAACUGGGGCAAAUCGCUGUCCACAUUCUCACGUUUGCUGCCAUCCCAAUAUGAAGACGCUAUCUCUAAGCCAAGACUACUAGGUGUCACUGGUGCACCGUUGCCUAAUCCACGUUCUAUUUCCACACUCAUACAUCCAGAUAUUUCUAAUUUGCACACACGUUAUGCACUUAUGGUUAUGCAGUUCGCACAAUUUUUGGAUCACGAUUUAACAUUAACACCCAUACACAAAGGUUUCCACGAAUCUAUUCCCAGUUGCAGAUCAUGCGAUUCACGUCAAACAGUGCAUCCAGAGUGUAAUCCAUUCCCUGUUCCAGCUGGUGAUUAUUACUUCCCUGAAGUAAACGUAACAAGUGGCGAACGCUUAUGCUUCCCAUCCAUGAGAUCAUUGCCCGGUCAGCAAACACUUGGCCCACGUGAUCAGGUCAACCAAAAUACUCACUUCUUGGACGCUUCUAUGAUUUAUGGUCAAAAUAUUUGCGUAGCUAAUAAAUUACGUGGCUUCUCAGGACGCUUGAAUUCGACCAUCCAUCCGAUACGUGGCAAGGAAUUGUUACCACAAAGUGCUACACAUCCAGAGUGCAAAUCACGUGAUGGUCUUUGCUUCAUUGCUGGCGAUGAUCGUGGAUCUGAACAGCCAGGCUUGACUGCUAUACAUACCACAUUCUUACGAGAGCACAAUCGUAUCGUCGAGGGCUUACGUGGGGUGAACCCUCAUUGGAAUGGCGAACAAUUGUACCAUCAUACCCGUCGCAUUGUCACGGCACAAGUACAACACAUCACAUUCAAUGAGUUUUUGCCACGUAUUUUAAGUUGGAAUGCUGUGAAUUUAUAUGGUCUUAAGUUAUUGCCCCAAGGCUAUUACAAGGAUUACAAUCCAUCCUGCAGUCCGAUUGUGUUCAAUGAAUUCGCAGCUGCUGCCUUCCGUAUUGGACAUUCACUCUUACGUCCACAUAUACCACGCUUGAGUACACAACACCAACCUGUCGAUCCACCACUAUUGUUGCGUGAUGGUUUCUUCAAAAUGGACGUACUUCUGCAGCCUGGCAUUAUUGAUGAAAUCAUGCGAGGUUUAGUGGCCACACCUAUGGAAACACUGGAUCAGUUCAUUACCGGUGAAGUGACAAAUCACUUAUUUGAAGACAGAAAAACUCCAUUCUCUGGUAUCGAUUUAAUCGCUUUGAACGUACAAAGAGCUCGUGAUCACGGCAUACCAUCUUACAACAAUUACCGUGCUCUUUGUAAUUUGAAACGUGCUUCCACCUGGAGUGACUUAAGUCGCGAAAUACCCAAUGAGGUGAUCAACCGUUUCAAGAAAAUUUAUGCUUCAGUAGAUGACAUCGAUUUGUUCCCAGGUGCUAUGACUGAGAGACCAUUGCAAGGUGGCUUAGUAGGUCCUACAUUGGCCUGCAUUAUUGGUAUUCAGUUCAGACAGCUUCGCAAAUGUGAUCGUUUUUGGUAUGAGAAUCAAAAUCCCGAAGUUAAGUUUACUGAAGCACAACUGGCUGAAAUACGUAAAACCACACUGGCUAAGAUUAUCUGCGAAAAUUUAGAAGUUCCCGGUGACAUGCAACGUGCCGCACUCGACUUACCAAGCAACUUCCUUAAUCCACGCGUACCUUGCCAAUCGAUGCCACAAAUCGACUUGAGUGCUUGGCGUGAAAAUGUUCAAGGCUGUCAAAUUGGUAAUCGACAUGUACGAGUUGGAGAAUCAGCAUUCCCUUCACCCUGCACCAGCUGUGUGUGCUCCAAUGAGGGCGCUCAAUGUGCCUCUUUACGUAUCACUGAUUGCGGUCAACUUAUUCGUCAAUGGCCCAAAGACGCUAUCCUACGCGAUGAAGUCUGCAACUCCCAAUGCGGUAUCUAUCUGAAUGGACAGAAUAACUUCAAUUCACAAUCGCGUUCCAAUCAAGCACAACCACCACGCCUUAAUUCACCACCAGCACGUGUACAACGUUCGCGACCACAGAAUAUAUUUAAAUUUCCCGAUUUGACUCCAUUUAUUGCAUCUUUAUAAGCACUGGAGUCAACGUCAUUACAAAGUAUCACUGCGAAGAGGCGCGUCUUAUUGGAAGAAACAAAUGCGAAUCACACACAAAAUAAAAAAAAAACAAGCAAAUACUAUUUUUCUUGUUAAAAAAAUGCAAAAAAAACAACAAAAAUCAAAAU